CCUGCCCCAGCCCAGCCGGCAGAUGUCCACCAUGCACUCUGCUCAGACCUUCUCCUCUGCCCUGGCUGAGAUGCAGAAGUUUUACGGCAUCACCGUCACUGGCGUCCUGGACGAGGAGACCAAGGCGUGGAUGAAACGUCCCCGCUGUGGGGUGCCGGACCAGUUUGGGGCACGGAUGAAGUCCAACAUGCGGCGGAAGCGGUACGCAUUGACGGGGCGGCGCUGGAGCCAGAGCCAUCUCACCUUCAGCAUCCAAAACUACACAGAGAAGCUGGGUCGGUACCACUCGUACGAGGCUGUCCGCCGAGCUUUCCGGGUGUGGGAGCAAGCCACGCCGCUGGCUUUCCGGGAGGUGCCCUACGAGGAUAUCCGGCAGAAGCGGAAGAAGGAGGCUGACAUCAUGGUGCUCUUCGCCUCUGGCUUCCACGGAGACAGCUCCCCUUUUGAUGGCGUCGGGGGAUUUUUGGCUCACGCCUAUUUUCCUGGUCCUGGCAUGGGGGGGGACACGCAUUUUGACUCGGACGAGCCCUGGACGCUGGAGAACACAGAUGUGUCUGGGAACAACCUUUUCUUGGUGGCCGUGCACGAGCUGGGGCACUCGCUGGGCUUGGAGCACUCCAGCAACCCCAGCGCUAUCAUGGCCCCCUUCUACCAGUGGAUGGACACUGAGAACUUCCAGCUGCCUGAGGAUGACCUCAAGGGCAUCCAGCAGCUGUACGGUACCGCAGACAGGCACCCUCAACCCACCAGACCUUUGCCCACCGUGACACCCCGGAGACCUGGCAGGCCAGACCAGAGACCUCCUAAACCAUCCCCCCACCCAGGGAAACCGGAGCGACCACCCAAACCUGGUGGCCCAGACCGACCUGACCAGUAUGGCCCCAACAUCUGCGACGGGAACUUUGACACAGUGGCGGUGCUGCGUGGGGAGAUGUUUGUGUUCAAGGGACGGUGGUUUUGGAGGGUCCGGCACAACCGGGUGCUGGACAACUACCCCAUGCCCAUUGGGCACUUCUGGCGGGGCCUCCCUGGGGACAUCGAUGCUGCCUACGAGAGACAUGAUGGGAGGUUCGUCUUCUUUAAAGGUGAGCAACACUGGGCGCUUGGUUACCCACAGCCUCUGGUCACCUAUGGGCAGGGCAUCCCCUAUGAGAGCAUCGACACAGCUGUCUGGUGGGAACCCACAGGGCACACCUUCUUCUUCCGUGGGGACAGAUACUGGCGCUUUAACGAAGACACCCACUCGGUGGACCCCGGGUACCCAAAGCCCAUCUCCAUCUGGGCGGGCAUCCCUCCCUCACCCAAGGGUGCCUUCCUCAGUCCGGAUGCCUCCUCCACCUACUUCUACAGAGGCACAAAGUACUGGAAAUUUGACAACGAGCGGCUCAAGACAGAGCCGGGUUAUCCCAAAUCCAUCCUACGGGACUUCAUGGGUUGUCACACGGAGCUGGUCCCAGACCCCCAUCCCCGCUGGCCUGAUGGGGACAGACCCCCCUUCAACCCCGAGGGCGACGGGCGAGCUGAUGGCGAGGAAGAGGAAGAGGAGGAGGAGGAGGAGGAGGAAGAUGAGGAAGAUUACGGUGAGGGCGGCCGCCAGCCAGGUGGGGACGUGGACGUGGUGGUGCAGAUCGACGAGUACACGCGCACCAUGAGCGUCGUCAUGGUGCUGGUGCUGCUGGUGCUGCUGCUCUGCAUCCUCGGCCUCAUCUACGUCAUCGUCCAGAUGCAGAGGAAGGGCACGCCCCGAAUGCUCUUGUACUGCAAGCGCUCCUUGCAGGAGUGGGUCUGA